CCGCCUUCUCUGAUCAGCUGACUGGAGUUCAACAUUUGAGAUUAUCACCUAUCAUCUGAUGAACUUGAAAUUAUUAACCUUACUAACCUAAAAUACUUGACUGUGUCCAAUAUAAGAAAUCAGUAUAAUAAAUUGUUAGCUGUGCAUAAACGUUGUCUUCAAUUAUAAAUUUUGUGCUUAAAAUUAUGAAUAUGCAUCGAAAGGUUAUGAUUAAUGUUUGUCGUUUACGUGGAACAGGGGUACAACUCAAUCAAAGCAAAUGUUUACAUUCUAGUUGUUGCAAGAAUUUAAUUUUGGAGAGAAAUAUUCAUUGGCAUGUUAGCUCUUCAGUAAAUGUCAAUUUUCUAGAUUUGAAUUCUUUAAACAAAAACCCAAGCAAUAUGUUGUUUGGUAAAAUUGUUUCGAGUAUACCCUCGGUUAUGUUAUAUAGCACGGUCAUCAAUCCAAUUCAAUUAUGUUGGAACUGCAAUGAUAGUGUUAAUAGUAACUCAAUUUUUUGUGACUCUUGUGGUGUUCUACAACCAGUUAACAGGAGUGCAGACUACUUCCAAAUCAUUGGUGUUGAUCGUUCAUAUAGGACAGACAAUACAAGUUUGAGACAAAAAUAUCGCAGUUUACAAACUCUUUUACAUCCUGAUAAAUUUAGCUCAAAGCCUAAGAAAGAACAAGAACUGUCAGAGGAGUUUUCUUCUGUUGUGAACAAGGCCUAUUCGACCUUGACUGACCCUUUGGAGAGGGGGCUGUAUCUCCUUGGCCUCCACCAUGUCUCCAUAGAGGAGGGCACAACGGAUGUUGACAAAACUUUUCUCAUGGAGAUAAUGGAGCGGAAUGAGGAAAUUGAGAAUGAAACUGAUCCCCAGAAGCUGAAGAAUUUUUAUGCGAAUAAUAAAGACCAACUUGAUGAUCUUAUUAGUAAAGUCGCAGAAGCUUUUGACUCAAACAAUAUAGAGGCAGCCAAGAAGUUGUUGACAAAAAUGAAAUAUUAUCAUAGCAUAGAAACUAAAAUAAAGGAAAUCAAACAAAAGCUCAACAUCCCAGAUUGAAAUGUACGAACCGAACAGACUGCCACAACCUACAGUGCAAGACAUCUAGCUCUAAAAGAAAUGCAGUUUUGAAGAGAUCAAUUUCUUGAGUAGAAAAUGUUCACAAACAAGAUGUAUAUAGGGAAGUUACAGCCACCUUGAUGAGUGACAGUGAUAAUUAUGAAACAAUCAAGGACAGUUAUAUAUUUUUAGUCAUGUGUUUGCAGAACCUUAUGGACUCGACAAAAUUUUAAGGAUCAAGUCUCGCUGCUCUUUUGUUCAAGGACACAUCUGUUCCUCGUCUUAACUUUGGUAUGUUAAAUGUGUUCUGACGCAUAUUCACUUUUUUUAAUUGAAUUCCUUAUUUUAUUUAUCAUACUGUAUAUUUUAAGCCUGAUUAAGAUACUCAGAAUUAUAACAGUACUAAGCUUG